GAAAAUUAAAUGGCGGAAAGUUUAUUUUGAAGAAGGAAAUAGUGCCAAAUAUCAUCAAUCAGGCAAAUGCCGAGACUUGUGUUAUUAAUUUAGCAAGCGAAUUUCGGAAUGAGAUGGAUCCAGAAGAUGAAAGAGAACUAGAAAAAUUAAAAAGAGAGAAAAGGAAAGCAGAGAAAAAAGACAACCUGAAAGAAGUGUCACAGAUACAUAAUUGUAUUGGAGAACUACUGUCAAAAUAUGAAAGGUUCGAGGAGGCUAUCAAGGAACAUGAAGCUGAGAGGGCAAUCAGUGAAGCUCUGCAAGAUGCCAUUGGUGAGGCUGUUGCAUGUCGCAAGAUCGGAGAGUGUUAUUGUGCUCUUGAACAGUAUCCAAAGGCUCUCAAACUUCAAGAGCGUCAUCUCUCCCUGGCCAAAUCAUGUGACAGUGCAAUAGAGGAGCAGCGAGCAUGGGCCACCAUUGGCCGAACUUACCUUUUUCAGUCUGAGACAUCAAAGGGGCGUGGUGCAGUUGAUGCAUCAAAAAAUGCUGAAAGUGCAUUUCAGAAGUCUUUGGAAGUUUGUGAGAGGUUGAAGAAUUCUGUAAAGAAUGAAGAAUUGAUGGAAAUGAAGGCCAGGCUCUACCUCAACCUUGGCCUGGUAUAUGACGGUCGGGGCAAUGUUCGACAGAGUGCUGAGUUUAUGAAGAGAGCCAUCACAAUUGCUCAGAAGUACCGUCUCCAGAGUGACGUGUAUCGCUGCCAGUUCUCCCUGGCGGGGAUGUACCAGCGGAGGGAGAACUGGAGCCAGGCGCUGCGGUCCCUGGAGGAGGCACAGCAGUGUGCCAGCAAGUUGAAGGACAAGCUGCUGGAAAGUGAAGUCCUUGUCAAUAAGGCACAGGUAUUGGUACGAAUUGGAGAUUAUUCCAUGGGCAAGCACUGUCUGAAAAAAGCUUACAAGCUUGGAUCUGCAACAGUGACAGAUCAGACAAGGAUCCUAAAAAUGUUUAAAUCUGCCAGCAAAAUGGAGGAGUGUACAGAUGAACUGCAGAAAGAGGAUGCUAGUCUGCAGCAACAGUUCAAGCUGUAUGAGAUGUUGGGUGAUGCUGCAGCCGAUGCUGCCAACUUCAAACAGGCCAUUGAUUUCUACCUGCAAAUGCUGUCUUGUGGAGACCAGCUACAGAUCAGUAAGAAGGAGAGGAUUCCGAUCUAUGUGUCCCUGGCACAGACUUUUGUUGAUAACAAGCAGUUCACUGAAGCUGUAGAGUAUUACAAGAAGGAACUGGCUUGUCGAACUGAUGACUCGGAACAGGUUUGUCGUACUUGGCUGAACAUUGCGGAGGCAGAAGAGCUGGGAGGGUCCAGCUAUGAAAAGAUUAGCCAGUGCUACCUCUCAGCUUUUGAGUUUGCCAGGAAAGCUAAAAACAGGAAACUACAGAUCCAGGUGUUGAAGUCCCUGGUUGAAGUGCAGAAGAUCUUCAAACAGAAGACUCAUCAACAGCAGACUGAAGACAAACUCCUCAAGCUGAGGAACAAAUAUGGCAUCUCCUCAGAGGAUGAACUGUCUGACUCCGAGCUAGACACCCAGCACUCAGAGGAGGAUGGAAACCUCAGCAUCGCUGAGUUGACAGAAUCAGAUUGUUCGGAUGAAGAGUUGUCUGCCCCUGGCGCUACAGGUUCUGUCAGGAGGAGGGUACAGACAAAACCAAAAGUGAAUGAGAAGGGAGAGACACCGCUGCACAGAGCUUGUAUAGAGGGCAAUCUGAAGAAAGUCAGCACACUGUUAGAGAAGGGCCAUCCAGUGAACCCCCGGGACUACUGUGGCUGGAUCCCCCUGCAUGAGGCAGCCAAUCAUGAUCACUACGAAGUGGUCAAGUGCCUCCUGGAGCAUGGAGCCGCUGUCAACGACCGAGGCGGCAAGCACUGUGGGGGCAUCACUCCGCUCAUCGAUGCAGCCAACUGUGGCAACACAGAGAUCAUGAAGAUCCUGCUGCAUCAUGGGGCCAACGGACACAACAAGGACGAUGAUGGUCAAACAGCACUAGACUGCCUGCGAGCGUGGUAUCAACGUUGUGAGGACACACUAAGCCGAGAGGUGCAGUUGUCUUACUCCCACAUAGAGGCCAUGCUGUCAGGUGGGCUGAAAGGUGGUCAGAUGCCAAGGACGAACACGAGACCUUUAGACAGGUCACAACCUCCAGCUCUCCUUGACCUGUAUGAUGAUGACAGCAGCAGAGAAAGUCAGACGUUACCAGAGGUCAAGGUCACAGUCAAGAGGAAAAGAACCUCCACUGGUGGCAGUAAAUCCUCCCGUGCUGUGAUUGCUUCAGACAGUGAAGAAGGAGGCAGUGAUCAGGAAGUGUCUCUCCUGCCUGAGACAGACAGUCAGGAUUUCUACCCUAAUCCUCGCCUGGAGGACUUGGGUCCACACAGCAGUGCUACAGACAACUACCGCUACGCCAUAUCCGGGAUUGGCAGUGCAUCACAAAGAGCUGCUGUCCGAGGAUCAGUGUAUGAUAAAUCUGCCACUCCCAAGACUCACACUGACUCAAGCGCUUUGUUAGAUGCAGAUCAUUUUGUUGGAGAUGAUUGGCUUAUCGAUGACAUUCAGCCUCAGAAAAGAAAGAAGUUGGAUAUUGGAGGAGUGUUUUCUACCUCUGGGUCACGGAAAUCAACAGAUUCAAAACGACAAAAAUGUGAUACAUCCCGAAGGAAAUGUUUUGUGAUUGAUGAUGAUGUUGAUGAUGACAGUGGAGCCAGUGAUAAUAGAAUGGAGGCAGCUCCAUCAAACUCGGAUGUGUUGAGUGUGGAUGAUUUUACGGAGGAUUUUGUUAUGUCAAGUUUUAGUGUCAAUAGUGACAGUAUUGUGCAAAGUCAGAGCUCAGCAAAUCGAUCAAAACUGUCAACCAAAACCAAGCCAAGGCAGAUGAAGUUGACAAACUUUACAACUCAGGAAAACAGAAGCACACAAAAAAGCUUUUCCGGAUUUCAGAGGGAAAAUAUUGAUGAGUUUGGACCUUCUCAAAAUGGGUUUUCAACAACGGCUGAUCAUGAAGGCACUGGUCUUCCUCAAUCUACACAUCAGAACGAGACCUUGACCUCCACUGGGGUCAUGAGACUCAAGGUCACUAUUGAUGGGCAGAUGUUGUUGGUUCCAGUUCCAGAUAUCAAUCAGAGCAUCUCAUGGCUGGCCCAGGAUGUCUCUCGACGGUAUGAGAAGAUUCACCAGAAGAAACCUCUGGUGACACUGAGGACUCGUGAUGGUGCCAUCCUGUCCCCAGAUGAUGUUGUGUGUAUGGUUCUCAGUAACAAUGAAGUGGUGGAUGCCGUGGUCGACAGCUGGGACAUGCAACCGCUGCAUGACAGAUACAGACAGGCCUGCCGACUGACCCGGGCAGUGGAGUAUCGGAACAUUGUUAGCCUGCUGCAAUCAUGUGACAGUACAGGCUGCCUAUCCCUACGGAAUCUGGCGUUGAGGUCCAACCAGAUCCAUCCGGUAUGUCGCGCCCUGGAGGGACAGAAUAACAUGAAGCACCUUGACCUGCAGAGUAAUCGUCUUGGUGACAAUGGAAUGUCCGUGCUGUCGAGGUCUGUGUGUUCCCUCCCUGGUCUUACAUAUCUCAAUGUGUGUGGGAAUGACAUCACAACAGUUGGAUUGAAGAGCUUCACUGACACACUGGAGGCAGGCCAACAGUCAGGCAGUAGGCCUCUACAGUCACUUGUAACUUUGGUCUACUCUCACAACUCCAUGGGAGAUAACUCUACCAACUACUUGGCAACCCUACUGAGUUGUCUCCCUUCUCUCACUGACCUCUCUGUGUCAGCUUGCCAACUGACAGCGAAGUUCUUCUCUCAGCACAGACUGGCACUUGCAGAUGCCAUGCAAGCCUCAAAUCUGCAGAAACUGGACGUGUCCCACAACCGACUUGGAUCCCUAGGCCUGGAGCAGCUGCUGAAGUGCCUGAAUCACCGACGGAUGACAACUCUCAACCUGUCCGAGACACACGCCGGGACCAGCGUCAGCCAUCUCACGCUUCAUCUGCAGCAGUAUCUUACUCAGGAUGGGUGUAUUCUGGAGGAUCUUCAUCUAUCUGCCUGCCACUUCACAUCAGAUGAUGGUUACUUUGUUACCAGAGUGCCAUCACUGUACAAGGGUCUGAAGAGGCUGGACAUCUCCUGUAACACAAAGGUGGAUAACAGUGUUAUACAGGAACUCCUUCAAGAGUCUGGGAAAAAUAACUGCUCCCUCGAGGAGUUGCUUGCUCAGGGCUGUGCAAUAAAGUCUCCCUUAGAUUCCAAUUUUCUGGAUGCUGUCAAUGACAAGCUGAGCAACCAACUGCAUCCUCUCCGGGGUCUUGUCUUCACAUGCUCCCAUCUUGAUAAGGUGGAUGUAGAAUGUCUUCAUCAGAUCUGGUUGGACCGGUGGAAGGAACUGGCUAAUAUCGACAUCACAGGGGAAUAUGUCAGACUUGGUGUCCUAGACAGCUCCUAGUGGAUUUCACCUUCAGAAGUGUGCUGGCAUCAGGACUAAAGCUAUGAAAUGUUCCACUGCUGUCCUAAGUGUGGUAACGGAUGAGAUAUGGUCAGUGUACAGCUGAGGUUAAGACAGAGGAAUAUGCUUACACUUAAUGCUGAAGUGCCUCCUCAAACUACUAGGUAAAAAUCUGGUGUUUCCAGAACAGAAUAAGGAUACAGUGGAUUGGUCUUGGAUCUGUGAACCAGUUGGUCGACCAACCCUCAAGUUCUAACAAGUUACCAGUUCUAACAUUGUGAAUUACCGGAAAUUGUGUUCACAGUAUUUACGACUGGUUUCUCUGUAUAAUUUGAUGGAUUGAGCAACAUGGCUGUAUUAUUGAUGACUCUGAUAUAAGCCACAAUUUGAAUGCAAUUCCUUAAUUCCAUUUUCUCAACCUGUGUUCACUAUUGUUGGAAUAUUUGUCAACUUUGUCAGGCAUAAUGGUUGUGCUAAAAGUACAUUGAUGGGUACUGGUUGUGACUUUUAAUAUUUAUAAGGAUAAUCAGGUCAAUCAUUAAUAGAUAUUUGAAUUCAUUUCUCACAGUGAGGCUUAAAUUAUAAGGUAAGUGCAGUGGUUACCACUCCACUUCAGAUUGGUAGGAAGUGCCUGUGCUUACUGAGAACAUAUAUAAAUUAAAUAACAUUCACUGACUUACUUCCUUAUUGAAUCAUGUCAGUUUGACAAACUAUGUAAUAAAUUGCAUUGUUAUGACAAGUUCUGCUAAGACAACCUUUGAGUCUAGUGUCAAUGUUCACUUUGUGAGUUACGUUUAUCUAAGUCGGCCCCAUUCCACAGAGUGAUCUCGCUGUCAUUGUUCACGUAAUGGAGUUACGAUUGUCUUAGCAGUAAGAUUUCUUUGUCGAACAUGGCCCUCAAAUGUUUAUACACGUAGAAGAGAAAUGAAUUCUGUUUGUGAGACUGAUCCUCUUUCCACAGAGUUAUCCCAGUGUCAGUGUUCACGGAAUGGAGUUACGAUUAUCUAAGUCGACCCCAUUCCACAGAGACAUCUUGGUGUAAGUGUUGAUGUAUGGGAGUUACGAUUGCCUUAGUCGGCCCCAUUCCACAGUGAUCACGAUGUCAGUGUUCAAGUAAUUGAGUUAGAUUAUCUAAGUCGACCCCAUUCCAUAGAGUGAUGUUGCUGUCAGUGUUCACAUAUGGGAGUUACGAUUGCCUUAGUCGGCCCCUUCCACAAGGUGAUCUCGGUGUCAGUGUUCAUGUAAUGGAGUUACGAUUGCCUUAGUCGGCCCCUUCCACAAGGUGAUCUCGGUGUCAGUGUUCAUGUAAUGGAGUUAGGAUUGCCUUAGUCGGCCCCAUUCCACAGAGUUAUCUCGGUGUCAGUGGUCACGUAAUGGAGUAUCCAUUAUCUAAGUCGACCCCAUUCCACAGAGUCAUCUUGGUGUCAGUGUUCACGUAUGGGAGUUACAAUUGUCUUAGCAGUAAGAUUUCUUUGUCGAACAUGGCCCUCAAAUGUUUAUACACGUAGAAGAGAAAUGAAUUCUGUUUGUGAGACUGAUCCUCUUGCUGCAACAAUGUCAUGUCACAAUGUUAAGCUUUUACUGCAGGCAUAGGGCACUUAGAGGCCAAGAACUUGUAAACGAAUUAUCAUUUGAAGUAUUCGCCAGCUAUGGAAGGCAGGACACACAACUCUGAGGAAGAUGUACAUAUUUUCCAUUUGUCUUGUGCUUGAUUCUAUGGCUGCAAUAAUUGUACAUCUGUUUGAAGAAGACAACAAAUUUCAAUCAACUCAUUGAUAUUGUGGUUACUGUAAAUAUAAAAACAGUAUGUAAAUUACAAUAUAUUUAGAUUAUUGUGUUUUUUCACAGCUUGUGAUUAAACUGAUUUGAAGUGAA